AUGUCCGAAGAGAAUGUUGCUGAACCAGCUUCGGAGCCUGUUGAAAAGCAACAGCUGGAGGAGCAACGAAUGGAUGAUGCAGAAGCUGUGUCUUCCGCUUCUGGAACAGACUGCGACGGCUGUAGGCUGGAUGAUGCUGUCCCAGCAGGUGUUGGUGAAGUGAACAACGAAGCUACUGAUUACGGAAAUGCGAUGCGGAUGCUUCAGGGAGCCCAGACUGAUCAGGAAUGUGUUAAGGAGAUGAAGUCUUUGCAGAAUUUACUCACUUGGACCAUCAAUCAGUUGGAGCACAAGACAGACACUCAUGCUAAGGGGGUUGUUGAUGAGGCCCCUGAACAAGGCGUUGAUCAUGCUGAAUUUGUCAGGCAUUACCCACGGAAAUUAAAGAAAGGCGCAGUGCUCCCAAUUGCGUUGUUCACCAGGGUUGAAACGUUGGAUGCACUUCGCAGAGCGUCUCACCGAUUGUCAAGAAAACGGCCUUGGUUUUCAGCUAGAGACAAUCCGGCCGGUGGAACGUUCAAGAAGGGGCGGAUUCAUCGUAGUGCAUCACCUGAACCGAAGUUGACCUCGACCAGGCCAGUACUCAACAAGGCGGACAUUUUGGCUGUCAUGGAAGUGAUGGAUGCUGGCAUGCACGAGGUUGCCAACAGAGCGUAUGGAAUGGUCGACGAUCUGGUUGACAUGGCGAACACCGGGGUGGAAGAAGUUGUUAACAUGGCUCAAGGUGGAGUGAUAGAAGUUGUUCAAAUGGCCCAGACAGGCAUGGGAGAGAUCAUGACAAUGGCUCAGAAGGGGGUCCAUGACGUCGUGGACACUGUCGACAGUGGCAUCUCUGAAGUUAUGAGAACUGCCAAGGCGAGCUUGUCGCACAGUGCGGGUGUCCUCGACAAGGGCCCGCAGCAGAGCGACAGUUUCGCUGAAUCGAGUAAUCGCGCCAAGAGAAAAAAUUCCAAGAGGCCGAGGACGUCUGGGGAAAAUGAGCAGGCUGCUGAGGACCCGAAGGAACAAUUCCGAGUCCCUGGCUUGGAUAAAACUGCGUUGUUGCGGAAACGUGCCAAAUUUUCGCGAACCCGGGUUCCGGGCUCUAGCUUUCUCUUUCGCAAUGCCCUCCACGAUGCCGACGUGUCGCCGUCGUUUCCGGAUCUGUCCCACCGGAUGUCUGCUGACAGCCACUCGUCCCUCACCGAUUCUCACUUGCAGAGUCCGCUCGAGCUGUCUCAGGGUGCCGACUUUUCAGAAGAGCAGAAACGGCGCCAGUUUCGACACAGAUCAAAGUUCAUCGCUAAUCAAACGCAGCAGUCUAUUGAUACUAUCAGGGAGAGAAUCAGGGCAGUUUUGGACAAGCAAGGAAUCUGGGGUCUGAUGAAUGAGAGCAUGAAUCGCAGUUUGCAGGAUUUGAACGAGGAGGAUUUGAUGCAGCUGCAAAAGCAGAAUCACGGAGAAAGGGAUAAGGCUGGAGCGUCUCAUCAAUUGGACGCUGACGUGAAUCCAUUGACUUCGAAACCGAAAAUGCGGAGAUUCAAUGACGCCGUUGUUCAAAAGAGCCUGGACGACGCCGCCUUGUCUGCCCUGCACGCGGAGUCCAGCUGCUCUCGACUCUUUCCGUGGCGCCACAAGGCGUCCAGCCUGAUGAGGUCCAUUGCCCACAGGAUUCCGGGGGCGUCGUAUUUCACCAGGUCUACGGGAUCGUCUGACCGCCAGUCGCACACUUCGGGCGAGGAAGUCUUGAAUGACGUGGAUACUGAGCGAGUGAUGCACUGCUCGUUUCAAGAGGAUAUGCCGGAUGACGGCGGCCUGCAGAAGCUCUUGCCGUCGAUUCAAGUUAACGUGAACCUCGGAAGCCGGGGAUACGAGUGUGAACACUCGCGGUUUGCUUCGAAACGGCGGCCGUCGCCGCCGCUGCAGAAGCUCGGGAAUGUGGCGGCCACGUUGCUGCAGCCGCAGUUGUCGAGCAAGGAGCCUGGGGUCAUUUUGGAUGGACUCCUGGCCCUCCAGACCUCGUCACAGAAUAUGGACAAGAACUUGGAGAACCUUGGCAUCAACCUCAAGGACAUGUGGAGCGGCAUUGCGGAGGUGCUGAUGAACUUCUUGUCCAUUUUGGAGAACCUCACGAACAAUAUGUCUGAAGAGUUGCACAAGUACUCGCCUGUUCAGGAACGGGUUCUCUGGAAGUCCCUGGAGAUGAUUAAUGGGUCCAUCAGGCGCCUGGUCGUGCUCACCAACGCCGCCAUGGACUGUAUUUCGUCGGAAUCUGCCAACUACGAGGAGAGCGUGCAUCUGGCCAAGGCCUCUCUCGACGUCGUACUCAACAUUUUGGGCCCGUUUUUCACGCAGAUCAUUUCCAAUCACGAGGAAAUCGACAUGCUGGAAUUCGUGCAAGCUGUCAGCAAGCAAUUGAGUUUCAAGCUACAGGAAAUGGCUCAGCUCGGCGGUAGCCAUUUGCAGGAGGCCAUCAAACCCGAGGCUGCCCGCGCGCACAACUGCAAGAUUGAGUCUUUGCCCGACGAUGCCGUUCAGAAGAUCUUCAAGGCAGAAAAGGCGAUCAGGUACGCAACGAAAAUCAUUGGUAAGCUGGAGGAAUCGGGUGUGCUGUGUAGAUGUUGCACGUGUCCUGCGCUGGACCAGGGCCAGCUGUCUUUCGAGGAUGAGGUGAUGAAGAGCACUCCGGUGCCUGUUCUAGAGCGCUUGUGCACAUCAGCCAUCCACGUCCUGAGCGCCAUCAGCAAUUCUGUGGCUUUUUCCAAGAAGCAGCAAGUUGGAGGCGAACUGGCGUCUGUGGACGACUCUGAGGUCAGCUACGCGGAUCCCGUGAGUUCGGCACAAGAAAAGGCGACCAAUGUUGUUGAGUGUGUGGAAGUCUGCGAUGCUGCUGAGCCUACGACGGCGGCGGAAGCCGUCGCCGCGGACUGUCCGUCAUCUCCUGAAAGAUCUGUGGCAUCGGAGCGUUUGUACGACAGUCCUGUGCAUCUUUCUGAUGCCGUCACAACGCUUAGAGCCAUAGCCAAUGUGGAGCUCGUGAAUGGGUGUCUCAGGGACGCUGUGGAGUCGUCUUUGGUGGCCAAGCGGGAAAUCACUGGCACUUUGUCGUUUCGAGUCCCGCGUCAGUCUUCUGACGACACGAAGAAACUGACGUCAGAGACGGAAGAACCGACGGGGGAGAGGAAUGACGUGGUGUAUGUGAAGGUCAGACUGAGUGAGAUCGGGUCCAAGGACAUGGAGGACUUGUCUGGGCUACCAGUCAUUUCUUUCGCGGUGCAAGAGAACCAACAGCAGCGGAUCCAGGAGGAUGAUCAUGUGCUCAAUCCCGACGCUCAAGUGGAGCCGCAGAGACCCGUGUUCAGUCUGGUGAAGGAGUUGAUGGACUUGGUGGGCUCCAAGGAGGGUCAUCAGGUCUCGUUCAAGCCCGAUGUCGAAGGCGAAAUCAAACUAGAUUACGUGGGUGCUGACGACGAUGAGAGCAAGAUGAAUCAGGGGAGUGAGGGGCAGGAGUCGCAGUUGGAGGCUGACGAAGAUACUGAAGCGGACUCGACUGACAAUAAUUGACGACAGUUUUACGUCCAGUUUUUCUCGUCUUCUCUUUCUAUUUUUUUUUACUGGUGUUGCUGCCAUGUUGGCUAAUGCCCCUCCUUCUGCGGGAGUAUCUUUCCCGAACGUGUCGAUUUUCUAAUAUUUUACAUAAAAAUUUACGUGCCCUUUCGUUAUUCCGUGUUAAUCUCACUGCAAAUACUGCCUUACGUUCUCGUGUAUAUAUAUAUUUCCAUUUUGAAAAUGCACAUUUUUUGAAAGAUUUA